AAAGAUGAAAUGGGUAUUGAUAUUUGAUACUGAACAACUGGAGCUGGACUAUAAUCAUGGGGAGCGAAACGAUGACCUAACAAAUCUCAGCCUAUUCUCCGUGUGCUCGGACGCGGCACGGCGGCAGUCACCCGCGUCCUUUCCGAACACAUAACACGUUAUAAUGGUUAUUCACGCCGGAACUCUAACCUUAAAAUAAAUUUAAAAAAAUAUCAAGUGAAAAAAAAAACAAGAGCGGGAAAGUAAUCAAACCGAUUACCGAACGCUGAGCAAGCGUUGUUCCAAUUUCAAAUUAUGGAAAUACUUAAUUAUUGUUUAAAUUGACGACGGCUUUAUUUUAAAUUUAAAAUAGUUUAAUUAUUUUUAAUUUAACGACAUGUCGCGAUAUUUAUACGAUUUAUGUGUGUUUUUAAGGAGACGCAUCUAUUUGAUAUCAUGGAUCUCAUUAAUUUUAUAUAUUUUUUACAAAUCUUUUACAUUUUAUUUAAAUGGUCGCCAGUUUUAUUACUUACGGCGUAUGUUAGGGUUAGGCCUCUGCGUAUCGCGCGGUACUGCGACGGUUUUGAACCUAUGCUGUGCUCUAGUUCUGUUCCCGUUAUGUAAGAAGCUGAACCAACUGCUGUAUAGAAUGAUGUCUAAAAUAUGCCCGGGGCUAUUUAUCUUCUGGCUGGAGAGAACGAAGAGUUUCCACAUGACUGUUGCAAUUACGCUGGUGUUUUUUGCAGUCGUACAUUCCGUGUCGCAUUUCGUGAACUUAUGGAAUUUUUCACGAAGCUACGACGAAGAAAGGCAGGAAAUUAACAUGGCGAGUUACAGAAACCAGAGUCCAUUACUCUUACUGAUAAGUGUACCAGGCGUGACUGGUACUUCGAUGCUGAUCAUCGUGCUAAGCAUGGGGUUGACCUCCACCACAUAUGUGAGACGUAGGGUAUAUAACGUGUUCUGGUACACCCAUCAACUGUAUCUGCUUUUCAUGGUGUUGCUAAUGAUACAUCCGUUGAGUGGCAUUUUGAAGGAACAAGUUUUUGACGAAGAUGUUAUAGUUAGUAAUGAAACAAAUAUAUCAGCAAAUAUUUCAUCACAAUACAGUCCGAAAUUUGCACCAAUCAAUUCAGUGACGUGGCAAUGGAUGGCGUUACCUCUCAGCUGCUUUUUUAUAGACUUGAUGUGGAGAAUAUUUUCGAGGAAUCUCGCGAGAGUUCGAAUUUUGAAUGUAACCCACAUGUCCGGCCGCACCAUAAGCCUGACUCUAAGCAGUCCGCACGAGCAGUUCUCGUGUCGGAAAGGGCAGUACGUGCUGAUGCAAUGUUUAGAAGUAUCCUUGUUAGAAUGGCAUCCGUUCACUGCGGUUGAGAUUCCUACACAAACCCAGAGAGUAUUUGUUAUUUGGAUAAAAAUAAAAGGAGACUGGACGGAGUGUUUAGAAAAAUUAUUAAACGAAAAAGGAACAAACCUAACUAUUCUUAUAGACGGUCCUUUUUCAAGUCCAAUGGAAGGUAUAAGUUCGAGCAGAAUUGCAAUAUGUGUAGCGGCGGGCGUUGGAAUCACUCCUUUUGUGUCUGCACUUAGAGAUAUACUCCAGAAUCCCAGAAGCAGAUUGCCGAAUAGAAUCCAUUUGAUAUGGAUCGUAAGACAUGAAUCUGAACUUACAUGGAUUGCGAAACUAGCUAACGAUACCAUGUUGCAAUUGAGAAAUGCCAACAGACCAGACCGACUGCAUUUAGAGCUUUAUGUGACAAAUAGUAAUGAAAUUGAUACCAAAAAAGAAGAAAGUGAUAUAAAUAGUGCCAUAGUACAUAUUGUAGUUAAUGAAAAUGGAAAUCUAAGUCAUGUAAUAGAUAGAACGGACAAUGGCGAGGAAACAUCACUUUUAACGCCACAUUUGAAAAGAAAUGGCUGUGCUUUUAGUGAUAAAUCAACUGUAAAUAAACUACAUGAUACUCGUAGAUGUGAUAUUGCAAAGAAGUACCCUUUGAUUGGUUGUCGAGUGAAAAGUGGAAGGCCACAUUGGGAUCGAGUGUUUGGAUAUUGGAUACAUUUAUAUCCAAAGGAACAUCUAAACCUUUACUGCUGUGGACCAAAGAAACUAGUUAAAAUAUUAAGGAGCAAGUGUAAAUAUUAUUCUUCAAGAUCAUCAAAGACUCGUUUCACUUUCAUCCAUGAGAGUUUUUCCUGAUUUAUUGAAACUAUACCUAUUGUUAAUAAGUUAUGGACUGAAAUUAAAUACUGUGUAUUUAAAUGAUUU